AUGGACAUGGAUCUGUACAUGCCUGUGAAGAAAGCCAAUGGUCUCCUGGGGUGCAUUCCUAAGGAGUGUUUCCAACAGGUCGAGGGAGGUGAUCCUGCCCCUCUACUCAGCCCUGUGGAGCCUCAAGUACUGUGUCCAGUUCUGGGCUCCCUAGGACAAGAGAGACAUGGAGCUCCGGAGAGAGUCCAGUGUAGGGCUACGAAGAUGAUCAGAGGGCUGGAACAUCUGCCCUAUGAGGAACAGCUGCGAGAGCUGGGCCUGUUUAGUCUGGAGAAGAGAAGACUGAGGGGGGAUCUUAUCAAUGUGUAUAAGUACCUGAAGGGAGGGUGUCAAGGGGACGGGGACAAACUCUUUUCAGUUGUCCCGUGUGACAGGACAAGAGGCAAUGGGCAGAAAUCAAAGCACAGGAAGUUCUGCCUGAGCGUGAGGGGGAAUUUCUUCACUGUGAGAGUGACGGAGCACUGGAACAGGUUGCCCAGAGAGGUUGUGGAGUCUCCUUCUCUGGAGAUAUUCAAGGCCCGCAUCCAGCAUAUAUACGUGACAUUUAUCGCAAGGACGCAGCCCAUCCAGCAGGCCGGGGAGCUGCGGGGGCGGGGCCUGCCCGGCGGGGGCGGGGCCUGCCCGGCGGGGGUGGGGCCAGCCGCGCAGGCCGAGAAAGCGGGCUGCGGCUCCGGCGCAUGCGUGGUUCCCUUCGGCGGCUCCGCUAGUAUCCCGUCGCCCUCCGCGGGGGCAGCGGAGACGUGGUGCCAGAGCGGUGGGUUGAGCAUGUCGGAGAAGAAGCAGCCCGUGGACCUGGGACUCUUGGAGGAGGACGACGAGUUCGAAGAGUUCCCGGCCGAAGAUUGGACUGGUUUAGAUGAAGAUGAAGAUGCGCAUGUCUGGGAAGACAAUUGGGAUGAUGACAAUGUAGAAGACGAUUUCUCCAAUCAGUUAAGAUAG